AUGGCCGCGUCCGCAUCCACUGAAGCCCUUCCGCCAGAUGCGCACCUCGUGGAGGCCGCUGAAUGCGGGGACGAAUCGUUGUUGCGCAGAGGGAAAUGGACAUGUGGCUUGAAUGGUAGCUGCUUUCCAGUGUGUGUCGCUCGGCGCCCUCGCAACUUUCCGUUCAGUCCGCCUCUUGAUACCUCGCUCGUUGCGCAACCGCCAGAGGAGGGGUUUGGACAGGGAGACGAAGGAAGCUGGAGUGGAGAGGGAAAGGCAGAUGAGGCGGGAAAGUGUGGACUGAUAGAUGUGCCAGACGACAAGGUCGUUGAGAGCACACACGCCACAGAAGAUGUGAGCAGACUGAUGGAUGCUACAGAGACGCCAAGCGCAGCAUCAUGCGAUUUGAGCAGUGCAAAGGUGACACAGGAGCAAAGGUCGGAAGGCGUGCAGCAGGCGACUCAGGAGCCGUUGAGCAGGCCUGUUAUCCCAAAGAGUAUCACGAACCCCAGUAGCGCGGCCCACUUCGCCCUGGGUGCACCUCUCUCGUGGGCUGUGCUGCCCGACUCCGUCUCCAGCUUCCUCUACAGCCCCACCCCUCUGCAGCACAGCGGAAGCGACGCAGCAAUCCUACUCGCAUCUGACCCAACUUCUCAUGCUGUUGCACCGCUCCCUGCUGCUGUGAGCCCUUAUGGAUUGAGUCUUCCAGCCAUCCAGGAUACAGCGGAAGGGGAGGUGGCAGCGGCACAAGCGAGGCAGGAUGCUGAGGUCAGAGGUAGCAGGCGCCCCGCUGCUAUCUCACACCAGUUGUUGAAGCACCCAGAGGAGGUGGAGGAGGGCGAGUGCGAUGGCAGUGGGCUGUGGAGCACAAGGUCUGAACGCCUCUACCCGCCCGCAUGGGCAAGGUCACCGUUGAGGACGGGUGGAACGAGGCAUGAGGAGCACGGGGAAGUGGCGCGGGCGAAAGCAAGAAGAGCACGAGGUGAGGGUGGUUCGCAGGCCGAGACGGGGAUGCUGAAGAUGCACACAGUGAAUGUGGCGAUCCUUGCACGGGAAGCCAACGCCAGACAGGAGAGGCUCGCAGAGGCGCUCAGAGGGGGUGGAGUGAGGCAGUCAAAGCCCUCUGGAGCAGGUGCUGCGGAGAAGGCAGAGGAAGGGACGUGCAAGAUGGAAGCUGCAGGGGGCAGGCAGAAGCACAGGCAUAGAAGGGGAGGGUCGGUGGAUCUGGAUGCGCGGACUCCUCUGAAGGAGCGAACGCCGCGAAACCAGACGAUCCAAGGCGGGAAAUGCAACUUCGUGGAAGAUGAGUUUAUGGGGAUAGUGGAGGAGUUCUUGAAUAGGCCCAAGGCUAAAACCGUGCAUCCAAAAGCACGCCCUCCGACACCUCAAUUUUCAUGUUCAUAA